UAAUUACUUUCAAGUAUUUUUCAACGUGUUUGUGCAGUGCAAGUUUUUUUCUAAACAAAGCAUACCUUACUUUGACACCUUUGUUUGACCUAAUUAUACCUACUUUAGAUUGAGAAUGGUUGCUUUAUUUUGAAUUCAACUUCUAUUUUUUUUUAGAAAUAUGUAACUGUCACUAUGUAAAUAAAAGUUAGAUAAUUAUGAAGGAAAUUAAAACUUAGCCAAGAGGAAACGGUUGAUACACAAGAAGCAAGAUCCAAUGUAUUAGUUGGAUUGGAAAUUUAAUUAGUAAUUCUAUUUUGAUCUGCUGGAAAUUUGCCAUUCCAUUGUGGAGAUCCCUUAAGUCAAUGGUUUGAAACAACUACUGGAGGACAACAUCUCCUCAUUAGUAACCCGACACUGACUGUGUACAGGCCAAGACAGGCCCAUAAAACAUUCAUGAGCAGGACUUAGGAUGACUCAGGGUAUAGGACACACUGAGCCACAGAACCAAGUGCAAGCAGGGCCAUGGGGACAGUUGAGCUGGUUGAGGUUGAGAAAAGUUUGAAGUGUCCUGUCUGCCAAGAGGUCUUCAUAGAUCCAGUGACACUUCCUUGUGGACAUGAUUUCUGUCUCACCUGCAUUCAGGCUGUCUGGGAAACAGAUGGAAAAACAGAAGGUCCUCUCUUCUGUCCAGAGUGUCAGAUAUUUCUCUCAUCUGGACUCCGUCUGGAGAUAAACAACAGUCUUCAAACCAAAGUAAAGGACUUCACCGCUAGCAGAUCCUCACCUUUACAGCCAGAGUCCACAUCGGCUUCAACAAAAUCGGCUUCCACUAUCCUGUGUGACCACUGCAUUGAGAGUCCGUCGGUGGCUGUCAGCACCUGUCUCACCUGUGAUGCCUCACUCUGCCAGGCUCAUACCCUACUGCAUCAGGAAAGGUCAGCUCUAAAGGAGCACACAGUGGUGGAGGUGACAGAAGAUCCACUGUCUCUGAAGUGCAGGGAACACCGUGAUGAGCUCAAGUUGUUCUGUAUGGAAGACAGGGUUCCUGUGUGCUGUUUCUGCGUCCUGGUUGGAACACACAAGAACCACAAAGCGUCUCAGCUCCACGAAGCCUGCUCUCAUUUUAAGGGUGUGUUGGAGUCGACCAUGUCCCAGCUGCUAAGGAAGAGAAGUGAAGCAGAACUUGCUAUCACGGACUUGGAGACAUUGUACACACAAACAGUGAAAGUUGCUGCAGACUUAAGAGAGAAAAUUGCAGACAAGUACAGCAGACUCCGAUUUGUUCUGGAUGGUGACGAGCGCCUGAUGAUGCAGAUCAUAGAUUCAGAGGAGACGUACAUGACAGAGUGGCUGGAAACCCAAAGGAGCAUCAUGGAAGCACAGAUUAAAGAAAUAGACAGUCUUAGAACCUCCAGCAAGCUGCUCCUCCAGGAAACAAAUGAUUUGCGAUUCCUACAGCAAAUCACAGCAAAGAAUCUUUGUGACCCAUUGGAUUUGAAGCCAAUCCAAGAAGUAGACAGGGAACUGUGUGAGCCAGAGAAACUGAGGACAGUGGAAAAGCUGGUGGAUGACCUUUCCCUGGCUCUAUCCCAGCACUUUCCACGAACGUGGUCAUAUCUAUGUUCCCCUGCUCUGGACAGAAAGACAGCCCAUCCAAAAUUAAAAAUAUCCCAAGAUGGGAGGCAAGUACACUGGAGACGGCAACCUGUUGUUGAGACACUGGACACUCAGCCGUAUGAUUCCCAGUACAGUGUUCUGGCUCAAGAGGGGUUUUCCUCCGGCCAGCACUACUGGGAGGUCAUUGUCCAGGAAAAACCGUAUUGGUUAAUCGGUGUUUCGACUGGCUCACCUGAUAAAAAAGAAGUACCAGAUAAGAAUUAUGUGAACAGUACAUUUUGGUGCAUGUACCAUGGAGAUGGACAGUACAUGGUACUGCACAACAACCAGGAGAAGCAACUGUCAGUGACACAGAGAGUUAAAAAGCUGGGAGUACUGGCUAAUCUCCAAAAGGGGAAGCUUUCAUUUUAUGAUGCCGACACAAUGAUCCUGCUGCACUCUUUCUCUGUUCAGUGCACUGAGCCUCUCUUCCCCAUGUUAAACCCAUGCCUUGACGUGAACGGAAUGAACCACCAGCCUCUUACCUUGUUUUUGAUUAAAGAUCCCUGAUCUUUGUCUCCAUUGGCAUGAGGACAAAGACCUGGAUAAAGUCGGAACUUGAGAAAAAUACCAAAAGUAUUUCAUAAUUAAAUUAGCUUCUUGGUGAUAUCAUGAGGAUAGUUUGGUGCUAUAUAUAUAAUCAAAUAUUCUCCCUCUAUAACAUGUUCUGUGUAUCUAGAGGUCAUAUUACUGCAAUACUCUGCUUAUUUAUUUAGAAGCUCCACAGUUCUGUGUGUUUUAAGAAAAUAAAAUGUAGUCUUUCUCAAAUGGUGGACGGUGACCCAAAAAUGGUUUGCAAUGGGUGAUAAUACAAAAUGGUAUAAAUGGUAUAAUCUAGGUGUAAUAGAUAAAACCAUUAAUCACAGCUUACCUGGCCCUUAAGUACCUUAUGUAAGACAAUCUGGCUGGGUUUAAUGGGAAUGUUUUGUUUUUUUUAAACUGCUAGCACACACUCUUCCUGACACCUUCAGGUGUGUAGGGGUUCAUAAUUUAGGAGCCACUUACCUAAAGCAUGGUGUCCUGCUUUAUUUAUUUUUAUUUUUUGACAUAUUUUCAGUGGUGCUUUGGCUUCCAGUGGACUCACCACCCACCGGAAGGUUUGGGGGGGUUGGUACAGUGCAGUGGGAAUUAGGGUGGCGACUACUGCCCCCGCGACCCGGUAACGGA